GUUUACUGUUUACUUGGGCAUUGUUUGAGGUUAUCUGGUCAAAGCUUCCAUAAGAAAAUGGGAUCGUAUAGGGAGAAGUUGAAUAAUAAGUAGUUUUCCCCCUUAAGAAAGCAGAUUUGUUUAAGAGAAUGGAAUUUUCAACAGAUUUUCUCGGCAAGAACACUCAACUCGAACGCUAGGAAAGUCGAAAGGGCACUUUUGACCCGUCAAUUUGAAAUUGGCGCUAAUCAGGGAGGACACUCAACAGGGCCGAAAAGCGCCCCGGGCCCGGUGUGUUCUGUUGGCACUACUUUUCAGCCUAAAAGUUUAUUUGGCCGCUGUUCGAUUCGUGAGGGGCCAAUCAACAGUUGAAUCAUGGCGCCUAAGGGCAACAACGUUAUCCCAAAUGUUCACUUCCACAAGGACUGGCAGAGGUACAUCAAGACUUGGUUCAAUCAGCCAGCCCGCAAAUACAGAAGGAGGCAGAACCGUAUCAAGAAAGCACAGCGAAUUGCUCCACGUCCUGCUGCAGGUCCAUUGAGGCCCAUCGUACACGCUCCUACUCUUAGGUAUCACACCAAAGUUAGGUUAGGACGUGGAUUCACCUUAGAUGAGCUUAAGGCUGCAGGUUUAAAUAAGAGGUUUGCACGCACAGUCGGUAUCUCAGUUGAUCCUCGCAGGCGCAACAAAUCAGUGGAAUCCCUCCAAGUGAAUGUUAAAAGACUGAAGGAAUACCAGUCGAAACUCAUCCUCUUCCCACUUCACAACAAGAAGAAGUUGAAGAAGGGAGAAGCAACUGAGGAAGAACGUAAAUUAGCCACUCAGUACAAGGGAACUGUUCUGCCGAUCAAGAAACAAUCCGACAAGGUGCAGUCCCGCGCUAUCACAGCCAACGACAGGAAAUUCUCAGCCUACAGGACCCUCCGAAGGGCAAGGAAAGCAGCCAAGCUUGUUGGUGUGAACGAAAUGAAGGCCCGUGAAGCAGCUGAAAACCAAGAUGACCCAAUGAAAGCUGCCAAGAAAGCCGCGAAAGCAGCCGCUAAGGAAGGAAAGAAGGAAAAGAAGUAAACUUUUGUAUUUGACACUAUUUUAUAAAUAAACAAGUUAUGUUUUUAA